GUUGACAAUUAUUAUUUUAGUGCUAUAAAUGCAUGGCUUAGUUGAGAAGAUUGAUAACAACAUAUGAUUCCUAAUUUCUUCUGUUAACCAGAUAUUUGGAAGAUUAUCAUUGAAAGAAGUGAAAUGGAAAAGGACAACUCUUGCAGCUCUAAUGGCUCUUUGGUCUCUGAAACAUCUGGUAAAGUUAUCACUUGCAAAGCUGCAGUAGCAUGGGGAACGAAGAAACCCCUGGUAAUAGAGGAGGUGCAGGUAGAUCCUCCAAAGGCAAUGGAAGUUCGCAUCAAAAUCACCCACACCUCCCUCUGCAACACAGAUGUCAUGUACUGGGCCACCGAAAAUGAGAUGCUAAAGGCGUUUCCACGCAUUUUGGGGCACGAAGCUGCAGGGAUUGUUGAGAGCGUGGGAGAAGGCGUGAGCGAUCUCAAGGGAGGAGAUCAUGUAAUAACACUGUUUACAGGGGAGUGUGGAGAUUGCAUAUACUGCAAAUCACCAAAGACUAAUCUUUGCGGAAAAUUCAGGAUCGAUCCGACCAGGUCUGUCAUGGUGAGCGACAAGAAAACCCGUUUCUCCAUCGCCGGAAAACCAGUUUAUCAUUGCAUGGGAACCUCGACUUUCAGUGAAUACACCGUACUCGAUUCUGCCAACGUGGUGAAGAUUAAUCCUGACGCCCCUCUCAACAAAGUUUGCCUGCUUGGCUGUGGAUUAGCGACAGGAUUUGGGGCAGCGUGGAACACUGCUAAUGUCCAGGCCGGGUCAAGCGUUGCUAUCUUUGGUCUCGGCACUGUCGGUCUUGCGGUUGCAGAAGGUGUGAGGGUAAGAGGGGCAUCCAAGAUAAUUGGUGUGGAUACAAAUCCUGACAAAUUUUCUUUAGCUAAAAAUUUUGGAGUUACUGAUUUCAUCAACCCCAAAGACCAAGAAAGGGCCACACACGAGAGAAUUCGAGAGAUCACUGAAGGUGGAGUGGAUUUUAGUUUUGAAUGCAUUGGGAAUGCAAAUAUUAUGUACGAGGCAUUUUUGUCUGCACAUGAUGGGUGGGGUUUGGCAAUUAUUGUAGGAGUGGACCAAAGUGGGCGAAGGUUGAGCUUUUUCCCUCCUGAGUUAUUAGAUGGUAGGAGAAUCGAUGGCACUGUCUUUGGUGGUUUCAAAGGAAAAAGCCAAUUGCCUGGUCUUGUAGAAAUGUACAUGAACAAGGAGGUCAAAGUGGAUGAAUUUAUCACUCAUGAGCUUCCAUUUUCACGUAUCAAUGAAGCAUUUGAUUUAUCAUUGGAAGGAAAGAGCUUGAGAUGUGUUCUCCAUCUUUGAUUAAAGUAUUGAUUCUAUGUUGAAUUUUCCCCAAGAAUGAUGAUAAAUGAUAAUAUUUAUAUAUACAAUGUGAUAGGAAUGCUAAUUAUAUGAAUUUGAUGUCAAAACAUUUUCAAAAUGUGCCUAGCAUUUUGUUACAUUGAUGGGAAG